AUGGAUACUACUUUCGAUGAUCUAUUUUCCGGUCGAUGCAUACUGGUAAAUGGCCCUGUAAUUGUUGGGGCAGGUCCAACAGGCUUAUCAGUUGGUGCUGGCCUUAAACAAGAGGGGGUUCCAUUUGUGAUCCUUGAAAGAGCUAGCUGCAUUGCCUCUUUAUGGCAAAAUCGGACCUAUGAUCGACUUAAACUUCAUCUUCCAAAACAAUUCUGCGAGUUACCAUACCAUCCAUUCCCAGAAAACUUCCCAGAGUACCCCACGAAACACCAAUUCAUCGACUACCUUGAAUCAUAUGUAAAAAAAUUUGAUAUCAAUCCUAGGUUCAAUGAGUCGGUUCAAUCUGCUAAGUUCGUUGAAACAUGUGACUUAUGGCGCGUUAAGACCCUGAGGAAUGAUGAUUCGACUAUAGAGUACAUUUGCAGGUGGCUCAUGGUGGCUACCGGAGAAAAUGCUGAGAAGGUUGUGCCCGAAUUCGAAGGGUUGCAAGAAUUUGGCGGCAGUGUUUUGCAUGCUUGUGAUUACAAAACAGGUGAGGCUUAUCAAGGAAAGAAUGUACUAGUUGUUGGCUGUGGAAAUUCAGGAAUGGAAGUUUCUCCUGAUCUUUGCCACCAUAAUGCACUUCCAUUAAUGGUGGUUCGCAGCUCGGUUCAUAUACUGCCGAGGGAAAUUUUUGGGAAAUCGACAUUCGAGUUGUCAGUUAAGCUAACAAUGUGGUUGCCAGUUUGGGUUGUGGAUAAAACACUGCUAGCAGCUGCAAGAUUAAUCCUAGGAAAUGUUGAAAAGUAUGGGCUUAAGAGGCCAUCCACUGGUCCUUUACAGCUCAAGAACAUUCAAGGGAAAACCCCUGUCCUGGAUAUAGGUGCCCUUAAACAGAUUAGAUCUGGUAAAAUCAAGAUUGUCCCUGGAAUUAACAGGUUUUCAACUGGGAAAGUUGAAUUGGUCAACGGGCAAAUUCUUGAAAUUGAUUCUGUCAUCUUGGCAACUGGGUAUUGCAGCAAUGUCCCAUCUUGGUUAAAGUCAAGAUUUUUUUUUAUUAUUAUUUUCUUUUCAAGAGAUGGAUUUCCCAAAUCAAACCUACCGAAUGGAUGGAAAGGCAAAAGUGGGAUAUAUGCAGUUGGUUUCUCAAGAAGAGGCCUCUCUGGUGCAUCUUUGGAUGCCAUUAGAGUAGCACAAGAUAUAGGCAAAAUCUGGAAAAAAGAAAUUGAGUGCAAUAAAAAGUGCAAAUCCCAUUUCUAA